UUUAUUUAAAAGAUAUGACAAACUAUUUCCUCUACAUCCGCAACUGUAGGUGAGAACGAAAGCCCACUGACUGAUGUUGCCACUCAGCAUGAAAGUAUAAUACUCCAGCUAUCUUUAUCAAAUGUUUAAAGUAAUCUGCCAAUGAUAAAAGCCUUCAAAAGCAUCACGCAAAGAGCGCAAUAAGCGAAGCCUUUUCCUCCUACACAUAAAAAAAGAAAGCCUUAACUGCGUUUUAAGCAGACGUCAAACAUCCAUGUGAGAGGGUGAAAGAAAAGAAGAAAAGGCGCAGCUAAUAGAGGACAAGUCAUAGUUGACUUCAAUUCCCUGUCAUGCUAGGAACGGAGCUCUUGCUAGGGCCGCUGCUUGUCACUGUUUUGGUGGGAGUAACUACAGUUUUAUUAUACUGGCUCUCCACGAGAAAUUUCGAUUUUUGGAAGAAAAAAAAUGUUCCAUUCGCAAAGCCUUUUCCUCUGGUGGGCUCCAUCGUGGAAAGCAUCCGGAGACCCAUGCAUGAAGUCGAGUUAAGAAGGUAUAAAGAACUAGGACGCAUAUAUGGACACUUCGAGGGUAGUCGUCAGCUUUUGUCAGUGGGAGAACCAACGCUUCUGAGGAAUAUUCUGGUGAAAGAUUUCCACAUCUUUCCAAGAGGAAGGGUAUUUUCUUCAAGUGAUAAGAUUAUGAGCUAUGUCUUGUCGAACCUACAAGGGGAGGACUGGAAGAGAAUUCGAAGCAUUAUUUCCCCCACCUUUUCCACAGGGAAAAUCAAAAGAAUGAUGAGUAUAAUGAAAGAGUCUUCUGAAACGUGUGUUCAGAACAUCAAAGCCUUGAUUAGAAAGAGAGAGCCUAUACACUCUAAGAGAGUGUAUGGCGCCUUCACUAUGGAUGUGAUUGCCAGCUCCGCAUUUUCCACCAAAAUCGACUCCCACAAUGACCCGGACAAUGAAUUCGUGAAGAUGGCGAGGAAGGUUUUCUCCAGCAACAUUAAUUGGAGAUUUAUAGCUCUUCUUAUAUUUCCCAAACUUCAAAAAUGGUUGAGAAUCUCUUUCUUCCCACCUGAUGUUUGCCAAUUCUUUAGCGACGUGACUCUCCAGAUUAUAGAAGAGAGGAAAAGAACUGGCCAGACGAGGAAUGAUUUCCUUCAACUUCUGAUGGAUACUGCGCAAGAACUCCAGGAGGAUCGGAAUCCCGUGGAGGACGAGAAGGACAGCGAGGACAUCGCGUCACCCUACGGAGGGGUGUCCACCAAUCACCAAGUAUUCACGAACAUCUCCAAAAAGAAUAUGUCAAUGAGCGAGUUGGUGGCGCAGUGCGUCGUCUUCUUCAUUGGUGGCUAUGAGGGGGUGUCCUCUGUGCUGGCCUUCACUACCUACCUGCUGGCCCUGCAUCCCGCCAUCCAGGAAAAAGUUCACAAGGAAUUGGUUGAAGCCGUCGAGAAAUCAAAUGGAGAAUUGACUUAUGAGACACUUCAGAAUAUGAAGUAUUUAGAUAAUAUCAUAUCCGAAACGCUGCGUCUUUAUCCACCGGCAAUAAGAUCUGAGAGGAUGGCCUUCGAAGACUACGAACUGGGAGAUACCGGCAUCACCAUCCCGAAAGGAACGAUCGUCACCAUCCCUAUCUACGCAAUGCACAGAGACCCCGACGUUUUCCCCGAUCCCGACAAAUUCGAUCCUGACAGAUGGGUUGAGGAAGAAAGGACGAAACGCGACCCGUUCGCGUAUUUGCCCUUCGGAGCUGGCCCCAGGAACUGCGUCGCCAUGCGAUUCGCCCUCAUAGAGCUGAAAGUCUGCCUGGCGUACACCGUUCUCAACUUCAAGAUCAACACGUGUCCUCAAACGAAGGUACCUCUGGAAUUUUUCAUCGGGCAGGGAGUUUUACAACCGAAGGAAGUACUCAUUGCGAUGGAGGAGAGACCAAACGCUCCUGUUCUCAAAUAGAAUGAUCUUUAACAAUUACUGCACAUUAAAGAAAUAUAUAUUUAAUACAAAGAAAUUCUGAUAAAGAUUACUUUUUACUUAUAUAUGUAUAUAUAUCUGCAUAAUAAAGUAUUAUAUUG